AUGAAUAAAAUAAAAAAUUUCAGGAAGAAUGAUCCAAAAUACAAGUUAGUCAAACUUAUUGGAAAGGGAACGUUUGGAAAAGUCUACUAUGCCAUUGACCUCUGCACACAGGAAAUUGUCGCGAUUAAGCGAUCUCCCAAGUGGAGGAAUAAAGUCUCGAGGGAAGUUGACUUGCUCAAAAAAAUGAAGCACAGCGAAAACAUAAUAAAAAUAAAGUCCAUAUUUUACACCACCACGGAAAAGGGAUUUCGAAUCCAGAACAUUGUAUUUAAGUAUAUGACUUACAGUUUGGGGAAGUUCAUUAGAUUUAAGAAGCAGGAAAGGAGGGAGAAUAAGUAUAACAGAAUUGCACCAUCUGACUUGAAAAGCAUCAUAUAUCAGAUUUGCCAAGGAAUCAAGCACUUACAUGAGCACAAUUUCGCACACAGAGAUUUAAAGCCAGACAACAUAUUAGUCGAUAUUAGCUCUUCCCCAAUUAAAGUUGAAAUAUGUGAUUUGGGAUCUGCAAAAAAAGUGGAAGAAAAUAUCAUCUCUAUUCCUUACAUAUGCUCUAGAUGGUAUCGAGCGCCUGAAUUGCUGUGCGGUUCCAUGUAUUACACGACAGACGUGGACCUAUGGUCUUUAGGAUGUAUUAUUUUUGAGCUGAUAAACCUGUGCCCACUAUUUCCGGGAAAGUUCAAAAAGGACGAGUUUUCAGAAGAGUGUUCACAGAUAAUAAAUUUAAUUGAAGUGUUAGGGUCACCUCGAAUGAGUUUCUACGAAACUAUAAAGGAUCGAACUAGUAACAAGAACAAUAGACUUAUUAAGGAAUUGUGUGGAUUAAAAAUUCGGUCUUUGUCAUGGAGUACCAUUCUGGGGGAUGUAUUGGAGGAAAGUGAACAGGAGCUAAUUGAAAUUGUGGAUGGUCUUUUGAAAUGGAAUCCAAAUGAACGAUUAAAAAUUGGAGCAGUUUUGAGUAACCCUUACUUUGAUACAUUAAGGGUAUAG